AUGGGAGACGGACCAGGCAAAAGACCUCCACUUGAAGACGGCUGUCUCUAUAUGACGGCGGAGAGGAAAUACUACCAAAGUGGGCUGUCCUUUAUCAAAAGAAGUCUUCGAGAAAAGGAAUAUCACCAAGGACCUUAUGGACCCUGUGUCCCUCGACUGAGUAAAGAGCGACUCCAGAAUGAGGCUGAGUGCCUCCGCUUUAUUCGUUCCAAUACCAACGUCCCCGUACCAGCUGUAUAUGCUGACUUUGAAGAUGAUGUCGCAUACUACCUGGUGACCGAAUUUAUCCAAGGUGUCGAUCUAAAUGACAUUCCAUUGGAGAAGAAGGACCUCGUGAGGGCAGAAGUCGAAAAACAUCUGCACACACUUCAUAACCUGAGGUCUAAGACCGUUGGUGGGCCCUCUGGCCUCCUGAUCCCUCCUAGGUCAGUCAUGGAAAGCACGAAGCAUGAUCUCUGGGUGCUGCAGCCUUCGGGUAAGGAAGAGGAAUAUGCUUUUUGCCAUAACGAUCUGUCCGAGUAUAACGUCAUCGUCAAUCCAGAGACCUUCAAGAUUGCUGCAAUCAUCGAUUGGGAGCAUGCUGGUUUUUAUCCCGAAUACUUUGAGGCCCCCAUCUACACACGCCACGGGCCUGAUGCGAAGCUGAUCAAUGACAAAAACCAUGUUGCACGACUUCUGGAGUUUUUAAGAUCUCGGAGUGUUGACACGACCGUUCCAGAGUUCGAGGAGAAGAAGAUCGAGCAGAACAAGGCGAAUUAA